AUGAAUGGCGACGCGAUCGGCAAGCAGAUCCACACCGGAAAGUCGGCAUGGAUCUAUAUCAUGCUUGGUGAAGCCCAAUCCAUCGACCGCGAAGAGCUUUGCGCCGGCUUGGAAGGCGUUGAAGGCCUGGAUGAAUUCUUCCUAGCCAGAAUCGCCGUCCCCGCCACGCCACCAACCUCGCAGAUUAUUGCCGCCAUGUGGUCCUCGCAGUACUGGCCCACGGUGUACCGUAAGAAUAACCCUCUCGGGCCCCACCCCAGCAUGAUUUCGCGCGCAACUCUCGAGAUCAAGGACGAUGCAGCGUUGUGGAUGUCGGUAGCGUACCGAGUUGCCCAGCGUGCGCAUGAGACGGGGAUCGGGGAGCCCAUGGCAGCCGUUAUCGUCCAGCGCGGGGAGGGCAAGGCACGAAUUAUGGCUGUUGCGGCCGACGCCCGAUGGGUCGGAGAGACGAAUAGAUCCCCCACAUCCACUGGAAACCCGAUGGCUCAUUGUGCCUUGAGAGCCAUCAGCAUGGUGGCUCAAAAGCUCGUCCGUCAUGAGCGGAGGGCUGCUGGCGACUGUAUCGAAACUCCCGUGCUGGAUUUUGAGCCCUUCCAGGACCAGCCUAUCCUGGAAGAAGAGCGAAUCAUAUUCCAAGAAGAACACCCUAACCCGGACGGCUAUCUAUGUCAUGGGCUGGAGCUGUACUUAACGCAUGAGCCUUGCGUUCAAUGCGGAAUGGGUAUCCUUCACUCCCGAAUGGGCAAGGUCAUCUUUGCCCAUCGGCAGAGCCUGACUGGGGGCUUCUGCUCCGAGACCCGCGGCCACGAUAUGCCCGACAUUCCCGAGGGCUCAGCUGGUCACGGGCUUGGUCUCUUUUGGCGACGAGAAUUGAACUGGAGCCUCCUCGCUUGGGAAUGGGAGCCAACUCAAGAGUUGGCUCUGCUGCCCCCGUCCAUCCGCAUGUCCAUCCUUAGGCUGUAG